AGGGCAGAAAGCGACAUGAGUGGGGUCCCUGUGGGAAGCCGGCUAGGUGGCCAUGGAGGACCUGGAGCUCAGCAAAACAUUCCUUCGAACCUCCUCCAAGACCACGAGAACAAGCAAAUCUUCGAGAUGCUUGGACGGAAAUGCUGGACAUUGGCCACGGCUGUUGUUCAGUUGUACCUAGCGUUGCCUCCUGGAGCUGACCACUGGACAAAGGAAUAUUGUGGGGCUGUGUGCUUUGUGAAGGAUAACCCCCAGAAAUCCUACUUCAUUCGUCUUUAUGGACUUCAGGCUGGCCGACUGCUCUGGCAACAGGAGCUGUAUUCCCAACUGAUCUACUCCACUCCGACCCCCUUCUUCCAUACCUUCGCUGGAGAUGGCUGCCAAGCAGGGCUGAAUUUUGCAGAUGAGGGAGAGGCUCAGGCCUUUCAGGCUCUGGUGCAAGAGAAGAUCCAAAAAAGAAAUCAAAGGCAAAGUGGAGACAGACGCCAGCUCCUCCCGCCACCAGCACCAUCCUCUGAAGAGAGAAGAGGAGGGCUACCACCCCUGCCCCCGCACACAGGUAGAGAACAAGGGGGCUCACCAGCUGGACCACUGUCACUGGGGCUAGUGACAGUGGAUAUCCAAAACCCAGACAUCACAAGUUCACGGUACCGAGGGCUUCCAGCACCUGGGCCUGGACCCACUGAUAAGAAACGCUCGGGGAAGAAGAAGAUCAAGAAGGCUGAUAUUGGUGCACCAUGUGGAUUUAAACAUGUCAGCCAUGUAGGGUGGGACCCCCAGAAUGGAUUUGACGUGAACAAUCUGGACCCGGACCUUCAAAGCCUCUUCUCCAGGGCAGGAAUAAGUGAGGCCCAGCUCACUGAUGCAGAGACCUCCAAGUUGAUCUAUGAUUUCAUCGAGGAUCAGGGUGGGCUGGAGGCAGUGCGGCAGGAGAUGAGGCGUCAGGAGCCACUUCCACCGCCCCCACCACCAGCCAGAGGAGGAAACCAACCCCCACGGCCCCCAACUGUGGGAAUUAACAAGGGUCGUUCUGGUCCACUGCCUUCUGUUCCUUCGGGUGGAGCACCUCCCCCACCAACCCCUCGAAUACCCCCACCCCUGGGCCGAGGAGGCCUUCAACCUCCACCUCCUCCAUCCACUGGACGUUCUGUACCCCCUCCCCCUCCACUAUCUGUAUCUGGGGGGUCACUGAUGCCAACACCACCACCUCCACCACCUCCUCCACCACCUUGCCCUGGGAGUGGGCCUAUCCCUCCACCACCUCUACCCACUCUGGGGUCUGUAGGGAGCAUGGCACCUAGUGGGGGCCGAGGAGCCUUGUUGGAUCAAAUACGGCAAGGAAUUCAGCUGAACAAGACCCCUGGAGCCCCAGAGAACUCAGCACUGGCUCCCCCACCUCAGAGCUCUGAGGGGCUCGUGGGGGCACUGAUGCAUGUGAUGCAGAAGAGAAGCAAAGCCAUCCAUUCUUCUGAUGAAGGGGAGGACCAAGCUGGUGAAGAAGAUGAUGAUGAUGAAUGGGAUGACUGAGUCACCCCCACAGCUUUUGUUCUGUAGCCUGCUAGCUGCCACCAUUUUUGCUUUAAGGCCCCUUAGUCCUG